AUGGCUUCCAUCUUCCGACGGCUGUUCCGCCGAAAGAAGCAGCCGCCUUUGGUCUGUGCUUUGGCUCUGGACGACAACGGCAGCCCGCUCAUGGACAGCCCGGACCACGUGCACACAAACGCCUGCUUCAUUGACUUUGAGCCACCGGCCCUGCUUGAGCUUUUCCAGUCCCAGGGCUGCGCUUCGUGCCCGCCGGCCGUUCCGAGCAUUCAGGCCGCCGCCAACAGCCCCAACCGGCUGCUGUUGACCUACAACGUCACCGCCUUCGACGGAGGCGACUGGAAAGACACACUCGCCCGCAGCACCUGGGACCAGCGACAGCGAGCCUACCUCCGUCGCUGGCAGCGCAAGAGCCUGUUCACGCCACAGGUCGUCGUCAACGGUGUGGCCGACACCUCGGGCGCCAACGGGGCCGCCGACAUGGAUGAGGUUGUUCAGCGCGCUCGUGAGGCCGUCCACACCGCCAUGCCCUUCCACAUCCUGCUCGACGCCAACGACACUGAGAUCCACAUCGACUCGGACGCGCCCGUGCCCAUCACCGGAUACACGCAUGUUGGCUUCGACGGGCUCGGCGGCCUCGUCGGCCACGAAGGCCAUCAGGGCAUGGCCCAGGCUCCGCCUCAGCCGCCUCCGCCGUCCGUCAUGACCCACGACAUCAUGGUGGCCGUCUACCAGACCGAUGACCAGACCGUCAAGAUCGGCAAGGGUGUCAACAAGGGAAAGAAGCUGCUGCACCGCAACGUCGUCACUAGCCUAACCAAAAUUGGCGAGUGGAGCGGUGGUAAUGUGACCGUGAGCCUGCCGUCGGCUCGCUCGGCCAUGCCUGGUGGUGUCGAGGCGGUCGCCUUUGUCCAAGCCGGCGCCGGUGGGCCAAUUGUGGCGGUGGCAAAGAUUUAA